UCUCUCUCUCUUCUACUCCUCAGCAGAAAUGCAGCAGAGCUUGAUCUGACUUGUCCCGCCUGCAGCUGGAAGUGCCUUCUUGCUCUCCGGGAUUUUGUUUUUGGGUGCUUUUUCACACACUGCGAUAUGGCCAUUUCUAUUUCUCUCCAGGGUUUGGGGCUCAUCAUACUCGCAGCAGUCCUCCUCCAGACUAUCGCGGUUGCCGUCAGUUUUAUGUACUUCAACAAAGUCCUGAAUACGAUGCAGGAGAGCUUCUCUAGGAGCAGCGUGUCCUGUCUGAUGAACGCAAAUAUGCGCUUUGGGUAUGAAGAUUCAUCAGCUGAGGACAAGAAGAGCGACCCCUGCUGGCAAGUCGCUCAGCAGCUGCACUACCACAUUGAGAAGGCCAUGGCAGACAGAUUCCAGAAGGAGAUAUCCACUGCUAUGAGAAAUAAGCUGACAGGAGUGUUGCCUAUCCUGAACCCUGGGGUCCGAGGGGUCCCUCUUCCCAAAGUUGCAGCCCAUGUGACCGGUGUCAUCUCCUCCACAGAUCCUCCAACAGCGGAGGGCUCUCGGAGCAGCAGGGGCUACCUGGGGGAGCGCAUCAGAGCGUGGGAAGGCCAGAGAGGUCUGUCCUUCUUACAAAAUAUGGAGCUAAAGGGAGGAGAGCUGCUGGUUCCCAGAGCAGGCCUCUACUACAUCUAUGCACAGACCUACUUCAGACUAUCUUCCACUGGGGAGACAGAGGUGGAGGCAAAAGGGGAAGCGGGGGACCCAAAGGAGGAAGAAGGAGCACAGCUUCUCCAGUAUAUCUACAAAAAGAUGAGUUCGUACACAGUUCCCAUCCUGCUGAUGAAAUCGUCCCGGAGCGCCUGCUGGCCUCGAGGUCAGGAGCCCGGCCUCUUCUCUCUGCAUCAAGCUGGUACUGCGUUUCUACAACCUGCCGACCGCCUCUUCAUCACUGUUAGCAAUGCCAGUACCAUGGAGAUGGACGGGAGAGCCAGCUACUUCGGGGCCUUCCUGGUGGGCUAAAGGGUAGAGAACCUUGCAUAGAGAUGUCCUGGACUGGGCUGAUUUUUGAAAAAGACAUCAACAGAGGAAAACCCAAAUGUCAGGGGUUUGCUUGAUGAUAUGAGCGUCUGUCUGAGGGUACAGGACAGCAGAAGAAUGGACUGUGAGGAGUGCAAAGGAACUUCUUCAGGGCCAUGAUGCUGCGGGCUUAUGAUCAAACUGAGCCGCAGUGGCAGACUCUCAGUCACCCAAAAUGGCAUGGGGGAAAGAGCCAUUUGGUGUGCGUUUACUCCAGCAGUGACAAAAAUAAUUGGUCACAGUUAAACCUGACACAGGAUAUUAAUUCUGUUUUUAAAGCUGGCAAACAGAAUUCAGAGUAAGAUGAAGAAAACAUGGAUCAAGCGGUGCAUUCAGUGCAGUACAGUACAAUAGAUACAGAUUAAAUGUUGUGCUCUCGUGUGAAUGACUUCUAUUGAGCGCCAGAGUUGUUUUGCCUG